AUGAACGGUGAAUGGUUUGAUGAGGACUGUUCCGAGCCCCGCAGUUUCUUUUGUUCGACCCCAGUGCGCUCAAUGAUCCUGGUGUCAGAACCCAAAUCGUGGGAGGAGGCACUGGAUUACUGUAGAGGCAGAUAUGUGGACUUGGUCAGUUUGACAUCAGAUAAAGAACAGGUUGCGGCUGUGAGGAAGAUUCAAAGUGUUCAGAAUGGUUAUGUGUGGACUGGACUGCGUUUUCUGACAGGUUCUUGGUUCUGGGUGUAUGGUGAUAGUUUACAAUAUGAGAACUGGCUGGAUAAUGGACAGAAGCAGUGCCCGGGCAAUCUUCGCUGUGGUGCCCUCGCUGUAGCAAGCGGGAAGUGGGAGCCAAGAUCAUGUGAGGAAAAACUGAACUUUCUCUGUUUCCAGAAAUGA